CGUCGCCGCCCCGCCCGCUCCUCCCAUCCAAGAUGUCGGCGCCAGGCGAGGCGUUGCCCCGGGCUGGGCCGGCGUCUCUGUGCGACAUGAACGGAGGCGGUCGAGACGAGGAUGAGGAGGAGGAGGAGGGUGGACACAACCUGUGGCUCUCCAUCCUCAGCGAGGUAUCCAGCCGCUCCCGAUCCAAGCUGCCCACGGGAAGGAACGUGGUGGUGCUGGGAGAGGAUGGCUCUGGGAAGACGUCUCUGGUGGCCAAGCUGCAGGGCGUGGAGGAGGCUCGCAAGGGCCGUGGCCUCGAGUACCUUUACCUGAGCGUGCACGACGAGGACCGUGAUGACCACGCGCGCUGCAACGUGUGGGUGUUGGACGGCGACGAGUACCACAGCGGCCUGCUGCGUUUCGCGAUGACGCGGGAGAGCGCGCGCGACUCGCUCACGCUGCUCGUGGCCGACCUGGCGCGGCCGUGGCUCAUCGUGGACGCGCUGCACAAGUGGAGCGGCGUGCUGAGGCGGCACCUCGACAGCCUCAAGAUCCCGGUGGAUGAGCGCAGGGACAUGGACAAUAAGCUCGUCCGAGAAUUCCAGAGUUACGUCGAGCCGGAGACGGAGGAGAGCUCGCCGCUCCGGAAAUCCGGUUCGGGGGCACUGCAGGCGUCAACACCGCCCAGCGCAGCAACGCUGCUGAGCCAAGGCUCCGGGACGAGCCCCGCGGGGCUGUCGGGCGACGAGGAGGCGGACGAGUGCGUGGUGCUGCCCCUCGGGGAGAACACCUUCACGCACAACCUCGGCGUGCCCGUGAUCGUCGUCUGCACCAAGAGCGACGCGGUGAGCACGUUAGAGAAGGAGUACGACUACAGGGAAGAGCACUUUGACUUCAUCCAGUCGCACGUGCGACGCUUCUGCCUGCGGUACGGAGCAGCGCUGGUCUACACAUCGCUCAAGGAGGACAAGAACGUUGAUCUGCUGCACAAGUACCUCCUGCACAGGCUGUACGGCGCGCCGUUCUGCACGCCUGCCCUCGUGCUGGAGAGGGACGCUGUGUUCAUCCCAGCGGGCUGGGACAACGACAAGAAGAUCGGCAUCCUUCACGAAAACUUCACGUCCGUUCGGCCCGAGGACCUGUACGAGGACAUUAUCAUCAAGCCGCCCGUCAGGAAGUGGGUACAGGAGAAGGAGGUGUGUGCGGAGGAUGAGCAGGUGUUCCUCAUGAAGCAGCAGUCGCUACUCGUCAAGCAGUCGCCCUCUCCCUCCGGGAGGCCCGCAGACGCUGGGCAGAGGGUACCCGGUGGUUCUCCUCGAGCCUCCACUAGGCCCGUGGCUUCCAACGUGGCGAGCGUGUCGCCCAUCUCUGUCGGAAACAAGAAGCUGGACCCCGCCAACGUUAAAGGAGGUGGGACAAGCGAGGGGGUGUUGGCGAACUUCUUCAACAGCCUGCUGACCAAGAAAGCCGGCUCGCCAGUUGGAGCUGGCGGGGGGAGCGGUGGACCGGGAAGUUCACCAGGGACCACAAAAAAGCACGGACCGAAGCCAGCGUUGACCGACGUCCAGGCCGAGUUGGACCGCAUGGCGCGCAAGUCCGAAUCUACUUCCGUCCUCGCAGCGACCAACUUCGAUGACACCGCCUCCUGAAAAGCAAUCCCCUCUCUUGCCGUGCGCACGCUCCUCCAGACCUCUGAACCGUAACCAUUGCCUCUCCCCCACCUCGCGUCCUUCCCCGCGACCUGAUCUUCGAGCCUUUCCCGAAUUUGCUGUCUUAACUUGGUUACUAGGACAACCACUUUUCUCAGAAGACGAAAAUAACCUACCUUUGCAACCAUGGCGACGUGCCUCUAUCAUAAUGCCUCCUUGCUCCGUCGAAGCCCUCCCCCCGCUAAUUAAAGCGGUUCCAGUGUGGCGGGUGUCACUGUAUGGGUGUGUGUGUGCGCGAGUCACCGUGCUUUAUCGGCUAAGAAUUUCAGUGGGGUAAGGGGGGGGGGCUCAAGUGAUGACGUGAAAGCGGAGGUUCGUUUGUGCUGGUUGAUUAAGCUGCGUGUGCAAAGCAGGUCACUUAAUUGCACGUUGACACGAGUGGGGGGGGGGGGGGCAUGAGUUUACUACCACCUAGAUGUGUGUUCGCGUGUAUAUUCUAACAAACUUGCGUUACGCUUGUCUGUGUUAUUGGCUUGUAUCAUCAAGUUACGCACACGUACGUACGAGCAUUUGUACACGAGCAUACGAACUCCGAAAAUGUUGUUUGCACACACGCAGCGCAAUUCCUUGCAACCGACGACACUCGAGGCGUUUAACUGGUUCUGCGCGCGUGCAAACAAGCGCUCGAGUGGAAAAGCGUUUGCCUCACGCUUGUGAAGGGACCCCUCCGUCGGUUUGUAGAGGCUUGGUGUGCCCAGGGUAGCCAUUCCAAGCCAUUGCUGUAGCACCAAGUUAGCCGUUGAGCUUACAGAGUCGCCGCGAGACCCGUGGCCCAGGAAGCACGUGCGCUCACUCACACGGUUGUCCGUCGAGCGAGCGCCCUUGCAGGGCCUCGCCGGGGGAGGGAGUCAACGUUUCAAGGGCGUCUCCCCAUUGCGGACUCGUUGGGCACUGUGUAUAAAUACAUUCAGGGGGCCUUAGAAGGCAGUCCACUCCAUUGACUUGAGAAACGUUUCCAAAACGUGAGAGAUUUAAAUACGGUGUAUUGUUUUUUUUUUCAUCUGGUAAUAAAUUCAGAGAGAAUAAUAGAGGUUGUUGUUAGUCUGCUGAAGUGGCCUAGUUUGUAGAUUAAUCAGCGCUAACAGUGGUAUUGUUCACAUUUGUGAAGUGAGCACACACUGAAAACUCUAGACCGGACUGAAUAAAUUCCAUCGUCAAUAUUAAUGUAAGGCAAGUAAUUUGCGACCUAGAUUGUCACCAGUAUGGUCAAGAUACACAUUUCAGGAUGUCUGCGAAAUAUACGUGGGCAUAUUUCGAUUGCCAUUGACCCUUGUAAUAGCACCAACAGACAAAAGUCCAGCAGUUGAUGGAAAAUGGCCACUCAUCACGUUAUUGUAAUCAAAAGAUAAAUUACGAAAACAAAAAACAUUGCAUAUGACGAUGCGAAGUUGAAAAGUCCCUUUGUCUCAAAUAUUGAAAGGCUGAAUAAAAAUCAAUCUCUGAGCCUCCUCCAAAACAAUUGUCCAUGUUCCCCUUGCCAGUCAGCCAAUGAGGAAGAGUGCUUCGGCACCCAAUGAGCGGUGCAAAUAUUCCAUCUUGAGUCAAUAAAAAAGGGGCAAGUGAAAUGCGUUUAAUUAAUGGAGUGGCUGCCUUUGAAAAUGUUUUAAAACUCUAAAAUAUUUGAAAACGUCAAGCACGUGAGUGCUGCGAUGUGCAUGUCACGAAACUCAUGCUGCGAAUUUAACUGCGAUAAAAACGUGUUUGUGUUUUUUUAUUUGUGCUUUUUUCUUGUAAUAUUUCUUUUUUUGGGGGGGGGGGGGAAUUCCUAUCUUGCCCACUUUUAACCCUGACUCUCCCACCCCGCCACCCCAAUACACUUGACCCUCUCCCCUACUGCGUGCUCGGCCGUGUAUAUAGUGAAGCACAAGUUUUAUUUAAGUACAUCACGUGUGAAGGCGUGUGUAGAGUCUCGGUGCAGAGCACAUAGAUGCGCAAAGGCUUGUCCUCAUAACCCCCCCCAACUCCUCCCCGCAGCUCUCCUCUGUGCUUUCUAAACCCUCUCCACUACCACUCCCCUCCACAAACCCUCGCGACACUCCUUCCAGCACUUUGUCUGCAUCGCUGUGUGUGCAGAACUCCCACAUGUAAAGUACACAAGCAGGCUGCUCCAUCGACUGGGACGUGAAGAAGGAAACACCCCAGCAGUAUAAGAGCAUGGAGAAUGGGCUCGCAGAAUACAGACGUACAAAUAAAUAAAGCAUUACGACAAACGUCUU